GCCGUGGAGAUCCCCACGACCGCGAGGGCUCCGACGGGCAUUGGUGGUGCGGCAAAGGUGGCCCGCACCAUGCUGGUGCCGAUUUCCCCGGGGGGAGUGCCCGGAGUGCUCCAGUUCUUGGUCAUCGAGCAGAACAUCCCACCGCUGUUGUCAGUAGGAUUCCUCGAGCACCUCGGCAUGGCCAUGGACCUCACCACCAACAUGGUGAAUUUCCAGACGAUCGGCGUGGACAUGAAGAUGGUGAACCUACCGAGUGGCCACCGGGCUAUUCCUUUAGUGGAGUGGCCUGGCGGUGAUUUUCCAGUCCCACAAGUGGCAAAGGACCAGCAUGGCCUGAGCGAUGGAGCUUUCGCCAAGACCUCCUCGGUUUCCUCCGCCUAUAUGAAAAAGAGUGAGGUUCAAUCGCCCCGAUGGGCAAUCUGUCUACUUCGCGUAGCCCCCAAUUCGAACAUUCUGCCCCUGGCCGUGAACAUGGAACACCCGUCUCGCGCGACGGCGGCCUCGGCGACUCCCCACGAGGGUCAUGCAGAGAAGAGCGGAAGAAUCACGCAGCUAUGGCGGAGCAUCGUGAUCAAGAUGUUUUACCUGCUGGAGAACAUCCGGGCAAGGUUUGCCAGACUGGCGGCGGCGGAGAUACAGCAUAAGAGCCUCCUCUCCGAGAGGCAUCACUACCUGCUGAUGGACGCGCAGAAGCCG